UGUAUUGAAGGGGACGACGCAUGUGACCGACCGCAAUUGAGUUGUGCUGCCUUUAGGUGUUUUGUGGAACAAUGCAGUUUGUUUAGCAUCAAUCUCAGAAAUUAUUUUAACAUGACUCAUAGGCUAGUUACUCCGUGUUAAUUGGCUGCUUUCAAACAACUAUGUUUUGUUUUCUCCACUACAGUAGCAGAUGCAGUUGUGCCUUUUCUACACGUUCUUUGUUCUUUGUCUUGCUUUGAGUAAUUUUAAAAACAUAGACGCCCAAUGAAGUAGCUUAAGUAGAUCUAACAGUGCUGCUUUAUGGACAUUUCCUAACUUUAUGUCGACAUAUAGAGUAAUUCCCGUCAAGCCCAACGGUACAAACAGAUCGCCUGUGGAUUUUCCGAGUAGACCGUGGAUGCAUCAGGAGGCACUAGAAGCAGGCAAUUUGAUGAUGAUAAAUGCCGCUGGGCAGAUGAACGGCAGCGUAAAUCGGACUGAGGACAGCAAGGAGCAAGUGGCCAUCUGCCUCCAGCGUGACGCCUCGGACAGAAUAACAGGCAGCGACUGGUCAGAUCUGCACCACAGCGCCACUACAAACUCCACCUCCCACAAUGCAGAGCUGCAGGAUGUGACAUUUCCUUCUGCCUACUUCACAGCACCAGGCACCUCCAGGCUCAUCAGCCAGCGUCUCCACCCAUCAAGCAGCGAGACAGAGGGGGCCGGCCGCCGCUUGGUUCAGAACGACUCCGUAGACCUGUCGAGGCUGGAGCUCCAUCAGAGAACAGAGGCUCUGGAGCAGCAGCAGCAGAUGAAGAUCCUGGAGUGGGAGAACAGGAUGAAGGUGCUGGCAUGGGAGCAGGAGCUGGUGAGGGAAAAGAGGAAAGCAGCCCGGCAGAAGGAGAAGGCCUUCAGGAUGAAGAAGGCGUACUACAAAGGCAAGUUAAAGAGGAUGGGCGAGGAAGUGCCGCCGUCUUCCUCCAGCAGCAGCGAUGAAGAGGGGAAAACAUGUGAUCCGACAGGAUGAACUGAUUUGAUGAUUGUGUUUUUAUCAUCAUCACAUUUAUUUUUCACAAUGUGACUUCAGUAUUCAAAAUCACACAAUGUUCACUGAUGUUUAAUAUAAUAGUUUCUGUAGAGGUCGAAGCCUGUUUAAGGGAGAAUAUGAUUUAGAAGAUGUACUGAAAUUAAAUUUAAUCACUACAGAUGUAGAAAUAAAGUGACAUUUCUAAAUGGAAAAUCUUUUAACAGACCUUCCAUCAAAGCUUCUUUUGCAGUGCAUGUUAACAUGACUAUGUAUAAACUGUUUUUGUCCUUGUAAAUAAAUUUCCUUUUGUUAAAAAAGUUUCAAAUUAGUUGACUGCAGAUACAGAUUCAUCAAAGAAAACACCUGAAUAAAAGAGUGG